UUUUCGCUCACCCUUUGCAACUUCUCUCAGCCCUGCCCUGCAAGGCUGCAAGCCCUUCGAGUUUCAUGGAGCUGUCUCCCUCACCUUCGUUUGUGUUGUGCUCGCAUUUAUGUUUUUCGAAUAUGACGCAGAUGCGAAGAAGACUGCCAACUUUUAAAGCCUGACAUACUAUGAAGCUUCUGGCCACAGUGGUGUGUGCACUUCGUAAGGUCACUGCGAUGAUACCUGUGCCUGUUUGAGCUCGGGGGCGCGCACGACAACUAAAAUGCCUGGUAAAGUGCGGGUCAAGCUGCUGGCCGCCAGGAACCUGCCCAUCAUGGACAGGGCAAGCGAAGCCUGUGAUGCUUUUGGCGAGGUUAAACUUGGCAAUACAUGCUUUAAAACAGAAAUAUGCAAGAAAUCCCUUAACCCCCAGUGGAAUUCAGACUGGUUUCGUUUUGAGGUUGAUGAUGAGGAACUUCAAGAUGAACCAUUGCAAAUCAGGAUAAUGGACUACGACACAUAUAGUGCAAAUGAUGCCAUUGGGAAGGUGUACAUAGACUUGAACCCUUUGCUUGGAAAAGACGUGGGGUCCACAUUGUCUGGUUGGCUUCCUAUUUAUGACACUAUGCAUGGUAUUCGGGGGGAGGUCAACCUAGUGGUUCGAAUCGACCUAUUUAGUGAUUCUAAUCGGUACCGGGAGUCAUCAUGUGGUGUGCGCUUCUUCUACAGCAGUGGCAUUCCCCAAGGCUACCAUGCUCAUGCCAUACUUGGCUUUGUAGAAGAGCUUGUGGUUAACGACGACCCUGAGUACAAGUGGAUUGACAAAAUACGCACUCCUCGAGCAUCCAAUGAAGCACGGCAGACAUUGUUCUCCAAACUCUCUGGGGAAGUUCAGCGGCGCAUUGGCCACAAAGCUUUGGAACUUGGUGGAAACGCAGUUGUAGCGUAUCGUCAGUGCUUUGACCUGGAAGGGGAAUCUGGUGUGGUGGUACGAGGCAUUGGCACCGCUGUCACCCUUGUGAGGAUCGGCCAUUCUCUCACCUUGUCACCAUUAAAGGAAGCUGUCAGAGAAGAGCUGCCCCUUCCCCCUCUGCUCCCCCCAUCCCUGCAGAGGCCCCCUCCCUCUCCUUUGGUUGUUCGCUGUCACGCCCGCAUGCCCUCUUCCCCUGCUUGGCUGUGCACGGCUGCACCUCUGGUGCGGGUCAGCCCGGGCUCCCCGCACGGUGGCAGCAGCCGGCGUGGGACGCCCUCUCCACGAGGUGCGGGUCUCCUGGCGUCGGCCCAGUCCCUGCUGCAGGGGGCGGCAGCCCUCCUUCCCCCCACGCCAUUGGGGGCGCCCCUGCGCAGAAACCGCUCGGACACACUCUGCCCCCCGCCCAGGUCCCCCUCCGAGGAGUCGCCCCCUCACCCUCUCCCUUCACCCCCGAGGAUGAUUCCAGUGGCUGCGCUUUCGAGCAUCCCCCUGCAGAGGGCCUCGGACCCGGACCUUCACACAGCGGGCCCGGCUGCCACUGCUCUCAGUGCAAGCUCUGGCAGUAGCACUGGUGGUGGACCAAGGCAGUUCAUCAACAGGCCAGCUCUGGCGCGGGAAAGUCUAGAGAUGCUGGCGGAAAGGAAGGCAGUGAACAAGUACUACCCGCCAGAAUGGACUCCUGGCCACGGCUCCAUCAACAAGUUUCGCAACUCCCACCCGUUGCGAGACAGAGCCCGCAAGUUGCACUUGGGAAUUCUAGUCAUCAGGUUCGAGAUGCCGUACAACAUAUGGUGCGAUGGCUGUGGCAACCACAUCGGCACGGGCGUGCGCUACAACGCGGAGAAGUCCAAGGUGGGCAUGUACUACUCGACGCCCAUAUACAAGUUCCGUAUGAAGUGUCACCUGUGUGACAACCACUUUGAAAUCAAGACCGAUCCACAGAAUAUGGACUACGAAAUCAUAUCAGGAGCAAGACGUCAAGAGAGGCGAUGGGACCCCAGUGAAAUGAGCAAGUUGCGCCAGAUGGAACUGGGCUGUGGAAGGCAUGGUGUUGACCUGACAUCUCUUGACCAUGUGCCAGGGGGAAAGAUCGAGAAGUACUUGGGAAACCUAGACUUCUUCUUCAUCCGUGAGGGUACAAGUAUACGAGAGGAAGGUGGCCUGAAUGGCUUCGUGCAAGGCUUCAUGACUGAAAUCUUGGCAAUAGUGCGAGCUCAUGUGGCGUCAUUAGGAGGCAAUGCAGUUGUGGCUUUUCAGAUGACUCAGUGUAUCUUGCUGCACAAUCCACACAAGAAUCAGGGACAGUGCUUAAUAAAUGUGGCAGGUGAUGCUGUGCUGAUCCACUACCACUCACAGAUACCUGAUGCAGAACCAUCUGAAAACACAUUGUCACCUUGUUGAAAUAAAAAAAAAUGCUCUCUCA